GGACGUACCUAGCUUGCUUUUUUUUUUUUUGUGCUGAUGCGCGCGCAAAGCGUCCGGACCUUCUGCAGCUGUGGAGGUGGACCGUGAGGCGACGAAGGCAGGCGAGAGCGGGCCGGGCCUCGACGAGUUGUUUGCUCUUUCAAGUGGAAGGAGACGUGCCAAUUGACCUUGCUUUCUGUUCAAGCAGAGUUAAUUUCAAGGCAAGAUUAAAGUGAAAGGAUUUAUCGGAGAUGUCAAAAACAAAUAAAUCAAAAUCAGGGUCCCGUUCUUCUCGUUCAAGAUCUGGGUCCCGGUCUCGGUCUCGGUCUUUCUCAAAGUCUCGAUCUCGGUCUCGAUCAGUUUCAAGAUCAAGGAAACGAAGGCUGAGUUCUAGGUCCCGCUCAAGAUCAUAUUCUCCAUCUCAUAACAGGGAGAGGAACCAUCAGCGAGUAUACCAGAACCGGGAUUUUCGAGGUCAUAACAGAGGCUAUCGGAGACCCUAUUACUUCCGUGGAAGAAAUAGAGGAUUCUACCCGUGGGGCCAAUAUAACCGAGGUGGUUAUGGAAAUUACAGGUCUAAUUGGCAAAACUACCGCCAAACAUACAGCCCUCGAAGGGGGCGUUCUCGUUCUCGGUCACCAAAGAGGAGGUCUCCCUCUCCGAGAUCCCGAAGUCAUUCUCGAAACUCUGACAAAUCAUCAUCCGAUCGUUCAAGAAGGUCUUCAUCAUCUCGGUCAUCUUCUAAUCACAGCAGAGCUGAGUCCUCCAAGCGUUGGUCGUUAAAGGAAAAGAAAUCUAAGGAGGCUCGGGGGUCCCAAGGUGCUGGGGACAACCAAGGGGAUGACUCCAAGGAACAACCCUUCUCAGGAGGAACUGCCCAGGAUGUCAAGUCUUCAGAGGGGUCAAAACCCUGGCAGGAUGUGGGAACCUACGGCACCAGCGCAGCCUCAAGGGCCUCUGCCAUGACAGAGUUGAGUCCCAAAGAGCGGAGUCCAGCGCUAAAGAGCCCUCUCCAAUCAGUCGUAGUCAGACGCCGAUCACCCAGGCCAAGCCCACUUCAGAAGCCCAGUCCAACAUCUUCCAAUCCUUCCCAGCUGGGCUCAGCUCUGCAGAGCGGCAGCUCCUUUCAGGCAGGCUCACAUCAGUUUGAGCAUGGUUUAGCCAGCCUGAGCCCAACCAGGAAGAGCCCAGUAUGCAAAAGCCCCACAACAAUCAGUUCCAUUUAUGGGGCCUCUCAGAAGGAGGAAAUAGGGUCAGCCUUUUCCAAGAGGUACCUGGAAGAACAAAAAGCUGAGAAUGGGAAGGACAAAGAGCAGAAAUUGUCGAAUGUAGAAAAGGACAAAAUGAAAGAGAAAGGAAGCUUUUCUGAGAUGGGAUUAGCCGAUGGUAAAACAAAGUUGGAUCCUUACGCCUCUAAAGCUGAUACAGAAAAGAUGUAUCGUGGGAAUCAGUCCCCAAAGCGCUAUAAAGUCCGAGAUGAUUUUGAAAAGAAAAUGGCUGAAUUCCACAAGGAAGCCCACUAUGGCAAAGAGGAGGCAGAGGAGCCAGAAAAGAAAGUCAAGGGCAAAGGACGGAAGGAAUCCAAUUUUGAUGAGGAUGAGGAUGAGGAGCCCAAGUUUGUGAAGACAGUGCCUGCUUCCAGCAAAAGCCAGGACGAAGAUCGGGCAGGCAAAUGGGAAGGCCUGGUUUAUUUACCUGCAGCCAAGGAGAAGCCGAGGAAAGCAGAAGAGAUGGCAGAGGAGUCCUAUACUGACUCCUCCAAGAAAGACGAGAGGCAGGCAGCCAAAAGAGGAGAAGCCGGGCACCGAGGGUUUGUUCCAGAGAAGAACUUCCGAGUCACCACUUACAAAGCAGGCCAGGAAAAAAUGGCAACUUCUCCCCCACCCCGAAAGGUCCCAGAGAGCAGAGAGAAGACGAGCAUGCGGGGAGAGGGCCUGGCCGCGGGCAAAUCCUCCUUUUCCAUUACUCGUGAAACCCAGGUCAACCUUCGAAUGGAUUCCUUUGAUGAGGAUCUUGCUCGCCCAAGUGGGAUUUUGGCACAGGAGCGCAAGUUAUGUCGUGAUUUGGUGCACAGCAAUAAAAAGGAACAGGAGUUCCGUUCCAUUUUCCAUCACAUCCAGUCGGCCCAGUCUCAGCGAAGUCCCUCAGAGCUCUUUGCUCAGCACAUAGUGACCAUUGUCCAUCACGUGAAAGAGCAUCACUUUGGGUCUUCAGGAAUGACGUUGAAUGAACGCUUUACAAAAUACCUCAAGCGGGCAGAGCAGGAGUCGGCUAAGAGCAAAAGCCCUGAAAUCCACAGGAGGAUAGACAUUUCUCCAAGUUCUUUUAGAAAACAUGGAUUCUCACAAGAGGAGAUCAAAAGUUCCAAAGAAGCAAGCUACAAGGCUGAGAACAAAUACAAAGAUGAUCCAGUUGACCUGCGCCUUGACAUUGAAAGACGUAAAAAACAUAAGGAGAAAGAUAAGCGAGGAAAGUCGAGAGAAUCUGUGGAAUCCAGGCCUUCCAGUCAUUCAAGAGAACGAUCAGCAGAGAAAACAGAGAGGCCUCACAAAGGCUCCAAAAAGAAGAAGCACCGACGUGUCCGGGAGAGAUCGAGGUCAAGCUCUUCGUCCUCACAGUCUUCACGCUCCUAUAAAGCAGAGGAGUAUCCUGAGGAAACUGAGGAACGGGAGGAGGCCCCUGCCUCCGGCUUUGACAAAUCCCGCCUUGGCACCAAGGAGUUUGCCGGCCCGAGCGACCGGGGCAGAGCCCGAGGAACAUUUCAGCAGUUCCGGGCCAGAGGCCGUGGCUGGGGAAGGGGUACCUUUUCCGGCAACACCAACACCAACAACAGCGGCACCAGCGCUGACUUCCAGAAGCGAAACCGGGAGGAGGAUUGGGACCCCGAAUACACACCCAAGAGCAAGAAGUACUAUUUGCACGAUGACCGAGAGGGCGAAGGUGGCGAGAAGUGGGCGAACCGGGGCCGGGGCCGAGGCCUCUUCCCCCGAGGCCGGGGACGGUUCCUGUAUCGCAAGUCAAGCACCAGCCCCAAGUGGGCUCACGACAAGUUCAGUGGCGAAGAGGGCGAGAUAGAGGACGACGAGAGCGGGCCGGAGAACAGGGAAGACAAGGAUGUCCUCCCACCCGUGGCAGAGUAGGAGCCGCUGGUGACACGAGGACGGGAGGUGGGGGGUUGUCUUUGAUUCUGAUUGGCUAGUUGAAUGUUUUCCUGCUCUUUGGUUUCUCAGUGACCCUGGAGGACGGUAGAGUUGUGCCCACUAUUUUUGGCAAUCAUUUCUGUCUUUUUUAAAUGUGGUGAUAGAGAUGAGUAAUGUCUUGCUCUUUUGUUUUCCUUUUUCCUGUUUGUGGAUUUUUUUAAAAAAAUCCUUUAUUUUAAGCAUUUACAUAUAUAUUGACAAUAUGCCCUUAAAUGGUUAAUUUCAGAAAGGUCUUCAUGAAUAUAUACAUAUAAUGAAUAGAGUUGGGGGAAGAAUAAACAUCUGAAUAGAAAGUAUUGGGACCAAACUCUGUAGCGUUUUUAAUUUACAGGAAUUUUCCCCCAACUGAAUUUAGAACUAUAUCUUUUAAAGGUUUUCCCCCCCUCCCCCCUUUUCUGCUGAAAUUUUAAAGACAGCAUGGCGCAGUGGGGAAAUUCAUUUUCCUCCUUCCAUCCAAUUACAGAUCUCUUCUUGAAUGAUGUUAGCAUCUUCAUUUGUUCAUCCAGACUCCUUUCAUACUUCUUUUCCUUCCCAAUGUCAAACUGAACACAUUUUCAGGAUCAGUUUUAUAAGAAACUUCUGAAUAUAGUAGAUUAAAAAAAGCCUGUAGCAUGAAUAAAAUGAGAAUUCUUAUUAUAUUAAUCUUUUUUAUAAAGCAGUUUUGAUUUACUUGUGUGGUGGCCAUGGUCACUUGCUGACAAUUGGCUUGUCAUUCUUUUCAGCUUUAAAUCUGCAGUGCUUAAAAGAUGCUUGGUAGAUAUAGCAUUCUUACUCCCAAGCCCACAAGAGAGAUUCUGAUUGCUGUGAGGAGAAAUUAUUCCCCCAGGAAUCUGGCUUUGCCGUGCUUCCUUUGGCUCCCCUACUUUCCCCUCUGUGAGUUCAUUUUGUGGGACGGGUGCAGUUCUUGCUUAGCAGAGCAAAUUCUUAGCAAAUUCUUGUUUUGCCUCCUUGUUAAAAUAAAACUAUGUUGAAUUGAA